GAUUUAAGUUUAGACAAAGGGUGCAAAAGACAGAUGAAAGUGUAGCGGAUUACGUGGCGGAAUUAAAAAAAUUAACAAAAUAUUGUCAGUUCACGGCAGCGAGUUUACUUGAAAAUAUGCGGGACCAGUUCGUGUGCGGCAUAAGGAAUGAAAAUAUACGGCAAAGAUUGUUCGCAGAAAAAAAUGUGACAUUUGAUAAGGCGUAUCAGUUGGCAGCAAGUAUGGAAGCGGCCGAGGCAGAUGCGGCGGCAGUGGAAGGACGUACCAACCGGGUUAGUGACGUCACAAGCACAUCGUCAUCGUCGGCGGUACAUAUGAUGGCACAGCACGCGGCAAGGCGCGAGCGAGGCAGCGGCUCCGGGGUGCGCGGGAGUGGAAGUGUGACGCACGACGCUGGUCGGUUUAGCGGCGGCGGCGGCGCGAGCGCAAGCGCAGGACCGGGCCGGCAGAUGAGUCACAAUUCCCGAGCGUUUACGACAGGUGCCAAUAAACACUUCAAUGCAAAUAAAAAUAGAUCGAAGAGCGAGUGUAUUACUUGCGGAGGGCAGCACGACGCCAAAACAUGCAAGUUCCAGCAGUAUGUGUGCAGAAUUUGUAACAGGCAAGGGCACCUAAAAAGAAUGUGUCCUAAUUUGCGAGGGGGUGGACCGGUAUACAACAUUACGGCGGAGGAGGAGGUAGUAUGGCCAGACGCGGCAAGUGAGGAAAGUGAUGAGUUCCAGAUACUGUGAGGUGUUCGCGGACGGGCUCGGGCGGUACACCGGCG